CAGUGACGUGUGAGGAGCUGCUGCAGUGUUAAAAAAACACCCCCCAAACCGCUAGUUUUUUAUUUUCUGGACGCAGAAAGAGCGACUUUCUUUCGUCCAUAUUGUUGAUGAUUUUGGGGGCGCAGAAGCAGCAGGAGUGGUGUUUUAUUUCCGGUGUUUGAGCUCGAAGGAAAAACUGCGACCUUCUCGGUGUUGUGUUUGUGUGUGCGCGCGCGCGUGCCUGCGCGUGCGUGUUUGUAAGUGCGUGUGCGCGCACUGGACCCCGCUAGCCUGUUAGCCGCUCUGUGAAAACAUCUCCGAACUAAACUUCGACUUCGUACCACUCUUUAAUUUUCUGUGAGGAAAAGAAAUUAAAAUGGGGCUGACCAUUUCCACCGUCUUCUCGAGGCUUUUCGGGAAAAAACAAAUGCGAAUUCUGAUGGUUGGCCUUGAUGCGGCCGGGAAAACGACAAUCCUUUACAAACUUAAACUUGGUGAAAUCGUCACGACAAUUCCAACUAUAGGCUUUAAUGUUGAAACCGUGGAGUACAAGAACAUUUGUUUCACUGUUUGGGAUGUGGGUGGCCAGGAUAAGAUCAGACCUCUAUGGAGGCACUACUUCCAGAACACACAGGGUCUCAUCUUUGUGGUAGAUAGCAAUGAUCGUGAGCGUGCACAGGAAGCUGCCGAAGAGCUGCAGAAGAUGCUUCAAGAGGAUGAGCUCAGAGAUGCAGUUUUGCUGGUGUUUGCAAACAAGCAAGAUUUGCCUAAUGCCAUGGCUAUCAGUGAACUGACAGACAAACUCGGCCUGCAGACGCUCAGGAGCAGAACUUGGUACGUUCAGGCGACCUGCGCCACUCAGGGAACAGGUUUGUAUGAAGGACUGGACUGGCUUUCUGAGCAGCUGAGCAAACGUUAAGCGACAUUAAUUGGCUCACGUGAAGGGGUGUUUUAACAACAGACCUGAUCACACAACUGACAGACAAUGGAUAUACUCAAGUAUAUAUUAGCUCAUGGCUAUCAAAUUUGCCACUGAGGCAACUUUUAAUUCCCCCCCCCCCCCGAAUUGGGUUGACUGAAUAAGUUAUUUUCAGUAAGGUGUGUGUAACUGUAUGCCUGUUUUAGUUUGAUUUGAAAUACACAAGAAUCUGAAGGUCAACGCAUCCUGUGAUGGGAAUGAGAACCUGUCCAAAGGCUUGUAUUUUGUCAAACAUGGGAACAUAUUUAUAUUUAUACAAACGUUUUUGCUCUCAUUCCAUUUGUAUGUAUCUAAAUUUUGCAUGCAUGUUAAUCUUAACAGCUUCCUUCAAUAAAUAAAUGACUUUAGAUCAAAUUACAGUAACACCCAUAUGUAUAAUUGAGAAACAGAUUAUGAUGUACUCCUGUGGUGGGUGGGUGCGUGAGGGAGAUUUGUUUUUGUAUGAAAGAUAAAUUUUGAGUUGAAUACCUGAUUUAUUUGGCCUUAAUACAUCCUACUAACUAUGAUGCCUGAGUGGACCAUCUUGCUAUAUAACCAGCAUUUAACUGCAUUUACACUUGCCUUAAAAAUGCUCGUUUCCUGCUUUGAGACUUUUCAUAUAAUCUUCACCUAAAUUGAAAAAUGACCAAAUGAGGUAUCAAGAUGUGCGUGUGAUUUAUAUAUAAAAAAAAAUCUCACGCACCUUCAAAGAAGUGCUUUGAUAUUCCCGUUAACAGUUUGAGCUGUCAUCUGCUAUCAUAUCAGCCCUCCCCCCCAUGGCUCAUUAAUAAUUCCUAUUAAAGACUGAAAUAAAAUGAUUGUGACUUAAAUAAA